AAAAGGGUGUUUGGCUGUUUUUAUAUACGUAAAUAAAUCUGCACAUACGUCAUGGUUAAUAAUCAUAAUGAAGAGUUUGAAAAAGACGUGGAGCCAUUCGGGCUUGGAUGCGCUCUGGAUUAUUUUUCGGACCACGAAGAAGUAUUCCGGGUGAUAAAUAACCUCUCAAACAUUGUUGAUGGAGAUAGAUCCUACCAAGAAAAAACGUAUGAGAGAUUUUCCUUUAUUCUGAGUCAAUAUAUAGAACAGCCUCACCUGUUAGACUCGCAUAUUGAUAAGUUAUUAGAGAAAUGUAUUGAGAUAAUUCGAAAUAAAGAUACUGAGAUGAAAUUAAAACACUUGACCUUCAGCUACAUGUUUGUACUAGUCAAUGUAAGAGGUUACAAGGACAUUGUUAAGCAUUUGCCUCACGAAGUCUCAGAUUUCGAACCCGUUUUGCAACUUCUUGAACUCCAAGAUCCGAACGAUACAGAAACAUGGACCACUCGAUAUAUUUUGUUGUUGUGGUUGUCAAUAAUUGUGAUGAUACCAUUCCAUUUAGCGAGGUUUGACGAUAGCGAGUCGGGCAAGAAGACAGUCAUGGAUCGUGUUUUGGAUGCAAUUAAAGUUUACUCUGUAGUUCCCGAUAAAUGCAGGGAUGCAGCCGCAUUUCUGGCGAACAAGUUUAUUACGAGAAACGACGUGAAAGUUUUGCAUCUCAAGAAUUUUUUGGAUUGGACAAUGGAAGAGAGUCUUUCAAAGGACAGCAAUAUUUUCGUCAAAUAUGGAUCGCUCACCUGUGUCGCAUCCAUUAUUAAGCAUGGAAAACGCGAGGACAUCUUGCCACAUGCAAGAAGGUUACUGCAAUGGAUAACUAAUGCAGACUUUAAGGAAAACUCUGGCGCAAAUGUGCUAAAAUUGGUUUACAAAAUUAUCCAGCGCAUCGGGUUGACGUUUUUGCCUCCGAGAAUCGCGUCGUGGAGAUAUCAGCGAGGGAAUAGGUCGUUGGCGGCAAAUUUGAGCGCCGGUGAUAUGGAAUCGACUUUCUCGUCCGAUUUUGAUAACAGUGCCUCAGAGGAAUACAUAGAGGUUCCAGACGAUGUGGAAGAGAUUAUUGACCAACUUAUUCAAGGACUAAGAUGUCCCGACAGUGUUGUCAGAUGGACGGCGGCCAAAGGUGUCGGACGUGUAACAUCGCGUCUACCCAAAGAUUUAGCCGACGACGUGGUCGGUUACGUAGUGGAGUUGCUCGGUCCCCGAGAAAACGACGCAGCCUGGCACGGCGGGUGUAUAGCUCUGGCCGAGCUGGGCCGUCGAGGUUUUCUUUUGCCGGAAAGGUUGCCCCAAGUGGUGCCGUUAAUACUCAAAGCUUUGGUUUACGACGAGCCUAAAGGAUACGCUUCGGUCGGUUCCCAUAUCAGGGACGCCGCCUGUUACGUGUGUUGGGCAUUCGCCAGGGCUUACGAGCCGCGCGAUUUGGCCCCCUACGUGCAAGAUAUCGCGAGCACGCUCUUGGUGGUCACCUGUUUCGACAAGGAGAUCAACUGCAGAAGGGCGGCGUCGGCCGCUUUUCAGGAAAACGUGGGCCGGCAGGGUACCUUCCCUCACGGCAUCGAUAUCUUGACGACCGCCGAUUUUUUUGCGGUCAGCGUUAGAACCAACGCUUACCUGAACAUAAGCGUUUAUAUAGCGCAGUUUCGGGAGUACACAGUGCCCCUCGUCGACCAUUUGGUCGCCAGGAAGGUCGACCAUUGGGACGCCGGCAUCAGGGAACUCGCUGCCAAAGCCCUGCACAACCUCACGCCGAAGGCACCCGAAUAUAUGGUGGAGAAAGUUUUGCCCGCCCUUUUCGACAAAACCGACGGCAUAGACCUGAAUGCACGUCACGGGGCGGUCCUGGCCAUCGGACAAAUCGUGCACGCCCUCUCGUCGCUGAACUCCCAUCCGCCCGCGAAGUUAAGUGACCUUAUACUCAUCGAAGCGAAGGCACUUGUCCGGAAAUUCCGGGAUCGCGGCGGGUUCCGGGGCAUGGGGGGUGAACUCAUGAAGCAAGCCUGCGCCAGCUUCAUAGAGAAGUGCUCUUUGGCACGGGCGCCCUUUCACAACGAUCCCGUUUUAGACGAUUGGAUGGCGCUUUUGAACGAAUGCCUGUCGUACGAGGUAGCGAACGUGAGACAGGCGGCGGUUACCGCCUUUCCGGUGGUGCUCGGGGAGUAUUACUCCACCCCCGAGCGGGAGGAGAGUAACAAAGUCAUGGUGGAGAGGUAUAUACGCGAACUGUUAUCAGAAAACAAGCAGUCGGCCCGAAUGGGGCACGCCCUCGCUUUAGGGUCGUUGCCACGGUUCAUAUUGCUGCAGAACUUUGAGGCAGUCAUCGACGCUCUGACGGAGUCCUCGAAAAUAACCCCGGCCACCCUUAAAUGGGCGGAGAGCCGAAGGGAUGCCGUGAAGGCUUUGACGAUGAUCUCGUCGACCAUGAUCGGGGAGUUGGGUGGGAAUUUCGGCGACCACGUCAUCUCCAGAAUAUACGAGACGUUUUUCGAAGGGUUGAAAGAUUACACCCAGGAUAAAAGAGGCGAUAUUGGUGCUUGGGUUAGGGAAGCGUCGGUGACGGGCCUGCAAGUGCUGACGCUGUUGCUGACCGAGCGUUAUCCGGCAAUCUUGUCGUCCGAGCUAAUGAACAGGGUGCUGUCUAGCAUAGCGCAGCAGGCAGUCGAGAAGAUUGACCGCACGAGGGCGCUAUCGGGCAAAGUGUUCUACAGCUUUAUUUAUAACAAUCCCAGAGUGCCGAAUAUCCUGCACCACGACGCGAUAUCGUCGAUUUUCCCCAAAAACGAGUGCGACAUUUUGAACUGGAACUCGGCGGCAGCCACGUUUCCCAAAUUUGUGCAGCUGCUUCGAUUCGAGCCCUUCACUUAUAACCUCCUAGUCGGUCUCAUAUGCAGCGUAGGAGGACUAACCGAAUCGCUAGUUAAAAAUGCGGGAACUUCGUUGUUCGAUUACCUGAGGCAUCAGCUGGACGAAAAGGACGGAGAGACAGAGAUCGUGAGGAUAUGCGAAACGGUUCACAAAAUUUUCGUCGAUUUCCAAAAAAUCGAUCGAAUCACCGUUCCCUUGUUCAGGUUUUUGGAUCAGCUUUUUGAUUCGGGCUGCAUAAGCACCCUCUUGGAAAACUCGCGGUCUAGCUUCCCCAAGAGGGUACUCAAGCUAGUUCAGAUGGAGAUAGCGGGCUGCAAGGAUAUUUACAAGCUGAUCGAUGGCAUUAACGUGCUCUGCCAGUUUAUCCAAGUGAAAGGAGAGGUGUGCGAAAUCGCCUUGAUCCAGUUGUCCAUCUUGUUGUGUCACAGGCAGCCUUACGUUCGACGUUCCACCGCUGCCAAGCUAUACGAAUCGAUAUUGGUGAACGGAGAGAGCAGCAAUAUCUCGAUCGAUAAUCUCAACGAGGUGAUGCAAGUGUUGAGCAACACAAAUUGGGAAGAGUCCAUCGAAAUCGUUCGACCCGUCAGGAAUCAACUUUGCAAUCUGAUGGGCGUCAGAGUUCCCGUGUCUGUCAAAAAGAAAGCCUGACUUUCACAUUUACUGCCUUAACCUGUACCAAUUUCCUUUUUUUAAAUGCACGCUUUUAUUAAUAAAAAAAUGAUUAUGACAUAAGCGUUUGAUUUUUGACACAAUAGUGCAAUUACUAGGAUCAUGUUUCUUAAUGUGAUUUGCUAUGGCAGGCAUCAUUAAACAGGAUGGACGAUUUAAAAGUUUUCAAAUCUAAGAAAAUCGAUAAAAUUACUAAUGAAUUAUUAUAUGA